AUGUCUCGCCAACUCAUCUCCAGCGAAAAGUUCCCUACCAAGCCUCACAACUGCCCCGCGGUCAAGGUUCCCGGUCUCGUCUUUUGCGCAGGCCAAACUGCCACAGGAGAGAUUAAGCAAGCUACAAGGACCGUUCUCCAAAACCUCAAGGAGGUCCUCGAGUUGUCCGGCUCUUCCCUCGAGCAGGUCGUCAAAUACAAUGUCUACAUUUCCGAUAUGAAGGAUUUCGCCGCUAUGAACGAGGCCUACAUUGAUUUCCUUCCUCAACCUAUGCCCUCUCGCUCUUGUCUUCAGGCCCUCGCCCCUGGCAACGGCACAGUCAUUGAGAUUGAAUGCAUUGCCCAGGUUUAA